AUGGAUCAAAUCUAUGUCAUGAAUAAAGGUUUAAUAGUUGAGAGGGGCACGUAUAAAACGUUGACUGCAGAUGGUGGAGCUUUUUCUGAAGUAUUACAAACAUUUACAAAAACUGAUGAAACUCCAAAUAAAUAUGUAUCAUCGCCAGUACCUAAUCCGAAAAAUCGGACAGGAGUUAUUCGAAUAAAGUCAAAGUCUAAGGACUCCUUUAAGAAACAAUUGAAACGGGAAAUUAAGAAAAAGAAAAUUGCUAGUAAUGAAGAAGCAAUGUUAGGACAGGUAAAAAUGUCGGUAUACUUGCUAUAUAUGAAAUCGAUCGGAUUCUUUUUAGGCAUUAGUAUCGUAUUAUUUGAGAUUGCUGGCCAAGCAUGUUAUGCAGUGUCUAGCUUUUGCCAUUCAAAUUGUAGUUUUGGGAGUGAACGCUAUCGUUAUAGCAUUUUAGCCCGAAUCAAAGCAUCCGACGAUUUUCAUUUUAAUCUAGUUCAUAGUGUGGUGAAUGCACCUAUAUCCUUCUUCGAUUCUACGCCCAUUGGUAGAAUUAUUUAUCGUUUCUCGCAUGAUAUUAACGGAAUCGAUGAAGUUGUACCCACCAUGUUUAGCGGCUUUCUUUCCAUGUCUGUUAGUGCUCUUAUGGUUAUUGUCGUUGUCAGCGUAUCUACACCGACAUUUAUAAAUAGCGAUUGUACCACUUUUCAUUAUAUAUUUCUUUACUCAGGUAAGGCAUAA